UUUAUAAUCAUGUAGCUCGGCGGGACGUGAAAAUGUGAAACUUUUCAUGCAAACUUUUCCGCCAGCAAAUGUGCUGGCGGAAAGAUGAAAAUCUGGUGAUCUAGACUAUAUAUAUUGGUACUACUGCAGUGAGAUGCAAAACCACAAAACUUUCUAUAGUUAUAAUGAUAUUGAUAUCUAUGGAUGAUAUUGAUAUUUACAAUGUUAGAUGGUCUAUGAUAGAUAGACAUUCAUAUUUCAUUAUUCGUUUUUAAUUUUGUAAUGGCUGCAGCGUGGUGGAUAAUUCAACUUGCUGAAGAAGAAAAAAAAAGAUAUUUAAAAUUAGAAAGAAGACAUUUGCGCGAUACAACGAAUCCGUUUGACAUAUUAGAAUCACAAUUUCAAUAUUUAUAUAGACUAUCGAAAGAUGCUACAUUGGCAUUGUGUGAAUAUGUACGAUCUUAUGUGCAACCAGCUGUUAGAUCUACAGCAAUUCCAUUAGAAUUAAAGGUUUUGGGAACAUUAGACUUUUUAAGCUCUGGAUCCUAUCAGAGAAGAGUCGGACAGGAUUUUUUAAAUUGUGUCUGCCAAUCAUCAAUUAGCAAUGUAAUACAUCAAAUUGUAGAUGCCAUCAAUAUUAUAAUGCCAGACUGGAUAAAGUUUCCAACACAACCCAAUGAAAUUCAAACUAUUCAGCAACAGUACAAUAGGAGCUAUUGAUGGCACACAUAUUGC